AUGCCUGCUGAGGUGGAAUUGAUGAGGGUUGGAGUACACCAAAUAAGGGUCGGUCCAAGUUGGAUAGAUUCCAUAGUUGCAUUCUUGAAGGAAGGAACGUUACCCGUUGAGAAGGGAGAGGCAGAGAAAAUACGAAUAAAACUUCCCCACUUUUGGCUGUCCAAGGAGCAGAAAUUGUAUAAGUGCUCUUUUUCAGGGUCGUAUUUACUUUGCGUUCACCCUGAAGCAGUGGAACCACUGCUGGAGGAAUUGCAUGAAGGCAUCUAUGGUAGUCAUACAGGAGGAAGGUCGUUAUCACAUAGGGCCCUUACUCAGGGUUAUUGGUGGCCGAGCAUUCAAAAAGAAACACAAGAUUAUGUUAGGAAGUGUGAUCAGUGCCAAAGAUUUGGGAUUCCAUACACCCUUAUCUCGGAUAAUGGGCUCCAAUUUGAUAGCAAGACUUUCAGGAGGUAUUGUGGGGAGUUAGGUAUCAUGAAUAGAUACUCAACCCCGGCUUAUCCACAAAGGAAUUGGCAAGCUGAGACAGUUAAUAAGGUUAUAGUUAAUGGGCUGAAGAAGAGGUUGGAUGAAGCUAAGGGCAGGUGGGUCGACGAGCUCCCACAUAUUCUUUGGGCAUAUCAAACUACUCCUCGUCAGACAACUGGGGAAACUCUGUUUUCCAUGACCUAUGGUUCCAAGGCAGUAAUCCAUUUAGAGACAAGAUUUUUGACACUAAGGACAUGUCUAUUCGACCAAGACAUAAAUGAUCAGUCACUUUGA